UGUCAGUUUAUCACUGACUUCGCUACGGUAUGGUUGUCAUUUCGUCCAUCUAUUUAAUAACGUGAUAGAUGAAUGGAAAAUAAUUAACUUUAUCGGAGCGAAGAUAUUCGCUUUUUAAUCUCGAACGUCACGCCGCGUGUGCUUUAUCAAACGAGUGUUAUAAAAAGAUUCACUUUACACUACAAACCGCCAUGAUCGAUGGAAGAAACAAAGAUGGCGGAAUAAUACGGUGAUCCUAACCAAAUUGUUUUGCGGUGUGUAGCGUUAUGUGCUGUGGUGAGUGGAGGCUGCAGCUGUGUCGAGGCGCUUGAGAGAGGAAGAGAGGAGCGAUGGGGGCGCGGCCGGGGUGAUGCCGCCGGCCGGCCGCGGGGCCAUGGCGGCCGAAGAAGAACGCCCGCCGCUCGCUCUCUUCACUGCUGUAUUCGACUACGUUGCCCAAGGCGAAGACGAGCUCUCCCUUCGGCGCGGAGAGAUAGUUGAAGUUCUUUCCAAAGACGCAAACAUUUCGGGGGACGAAGGAUGGUGGACGGGGAAAAUCGGGGACCGCGUUGGUAUAUUCCCGGCCGAGUACGUCACGGAAGAGGACCCUUUAGCUGUGGAACCACCCCGGGUGUCCUUUUCCGAGCUCAAACUCGAAGAAGUGAUCGGCGUCGGUGGCUUCGGGAAAGUAUACCGCGGCUAUUGGAACGACGAAGUAGUCGCGGUGAAGGCGGCUCGACAAGACGCGAACGAAGAUAUCGAGGUGAUCAAGGAGAGCGUACUACAGGAGGCACGAUUAUUUUGGGUGUUACAACACGAAAAUAUAGUGUCUUUGAAGGGUGUGUGUUUAGAAGAGCCGAAUCUGUGUUUGGUAAUGGAGUAUGCCCGUGGAGGGCCUCUCAACAGAGUGUUGUCAGGACGUAAAAUUCGACCAGACAUCCUGGUGGAUUGGGCGAUACAGGUAGCCAAGGGAAUGGCAUACCUUCAUGUUGGGGCACCUCUAUCGCUCAUACAUCGCGACCUCAAGAGCUCUAAUGUGCUCCUGAGUGAAGCAAUCCUGCCUGAUGACGCAUUAGAAGACAAAACUUUGAAGAUCACGGACUUUGGACUCGCGAGAGAAGUUUACAAGACCACAAGGAUGUCAGCCGCAGGGACCUACGCCUGGAUGCCUCCAGAGGUUAUAAAGAAUUCGACGUUUUCACACGCUUCGGACGUUUGGUCAUACGGGGUGCUUCUCUGGGAGCUGCUCACGGGCGAGACCCCUUACAAAGGCAUCGAUGCACUAGCGGUGGCCUAUGGGGUCGCAGUCAACAAACUAACGUUGCCUAUACCGAGCACCUGUCCAGAGCCCUGGAGGAAGCUGAUGGAAGCGUGCUGGCAUUCCAAUCCGCGAGAGCGGCCGCUCUUCCCCGAAAUACUGGACCAGCUGGAGUUGAUCAGGCAAUCAGAAUUUACGAGAGCCCCCCACGAAUCCUUCCACACGCUACAGGACGGCUGGAGACUAGAAAUUGAAGAAGUGCUCCGCGAUCUUAGGAGAAAGGAGAAGGAGUUGAGAUGUCGCGAGGAAGAACUAACCCGGGCCCAGCUCCAACAGCGACUGUUGGAGCAGAACUUAGCGCAGAAGGAACGCGAGCUGGAGAUGAGGGAGAUAGACUUGGCCGCGCGGGAGCUCCACAUCCUGAUAUUCGCGAGCAACAUGCCGCACAACCAGCCGCCGCAGCCUAACAAACGGAAAGGCAAAUUCAGUAAAAUCAGGCUCCUAAAGAAGGACACGAUAUCGUCUCCACUGGACUUCCGGCACACGCUGACCGUGCGGCCCAGCGACGACGAGUCCAGCCACAAGCAGUUGCUGGCCGUCGCGCACGACACGCCGCCCGGCUCGCCCGCCAUCGUGCGGGCCAUAGCGCUGCCAGCGGACGGCGUGAAGGGCAAGACGUGGGGUCCGUCGACGGUGCACCAGCGGUCCCGCUCCCGCACGCAGCUCCCCCUCCCCCUGCCCCUCCCCCUGCCGCCCCCGCCCCGCGUGCCCCGCGCCCGCUUCAGUCUGUCGGCGCCCGACCUGCCGCCCGCCUCGCGACCAGGUUGUUUUCUUCCUUACACAGACUUCAGUCCAGAGGAGUGGGGCCCGGAGUACCCCCUGAACUCUUCGAGGUACACUGUGCCCAUGCCCACCCUGUACAGCACCGAGGGUUACAAAUACAAAAAACCGAGUAUCAUAGAACUGGUUUUAUACAACAUGGCGGCGCUGUUGGGUGGAGUCGCGGCCGGAUAUGACGUCAGAAUGUCAAAUGUCAGCCCUCUGCAUCCGACGUUACAGCCACACAGACAAGAGACGGAGCCCGAGCCUCCGAGCAGCGCGUCGCUGUACGAGGGCUUCGGCUUCGGGCACAACACGUACCACGGGCCCACCAGGCACCUGCGCGCGCCGCUCAACGCCAUCACGGGCUCGCCGAUGUCCAGUUCGAAGACGGACGAGCAGAAACCGUUGAGGUUCACGGAUUCACCGUCACAGUACGCACACCCGUCGUCCUCUUCCGGCUACGGUCACUCCGCACCCUCCGCGCUCACGCAGCCCCCCACCCCUUCUCCCAGGCGUACAUCUUCCACCACAUCCGACCAGCUAGCGGACCUGUACCACAACUAUAGAGAAAACUUCCAGCCCUCGCCUUCUCAGGACCGGGACUACUACUACAGGACCGACCCGUACGCGUACGACCGGACGGCCGACUAUGUUGUGAAACAUCCCCCCUACUUCGGCUACGACGAGUGCUCCUUCGACUACAGGGAGCCUACGCCGGACUAUCGGCCCUCCCCGCAAUAUCUGACCCACAGGCGGACUCCUUCAAACUCCUCGACCUCGAAUUCGCAUCACGAGGAGUUCUCCCCGGCGAGGCAGUACCGUGACAAAUUCAAAGAGAAAGAGUUCAGACCGAAACCAGAGUAUCCGAGGAAGAAUAAUGACUAUUCAUUACCUAGAGAUUUCUACAGACAGGACUCCCAAGAGAAAGACAUCGAAAGACCUGCGAACCUGGGCUUGGAGCUGGCACCGACGAAGCUUCGCUCUAGUCUGAAGAAGUACAAGAAAUCUAGCGUCUCCGGUGGCAGCUCGGGAGGUGGAACUCCUCCGGAGAGUCUUGCGAGUUUGCCCAGUGACACGGACAGCUCUUACGUGUCGGCCCGGGACGCGUCUAGCGCCUCACGCGUGAGGUUCAGCCCGGACACGCCGCGGGACACGUAGCGAAGGCUCAACAAGUUCGACAACUACCUCGUGUGAGUUGAUGCGAACGUGACUGUGAACUGCGUGACCCGUGACGGACUUCACGCUGUGACGUGUGACGCGUGACGCGGCGGAGCUAACGUGAUAUCGUACCGUACUAGUUAAAAUCAAAUAACCAAACGACUAGCUUACAUUUAAGACAUCGAAUUAAUGAAAUACAAAAAUAUAGUGUCACAGAUCAGUAGCUCCCCGUAGCAAUUUGGAUGUAUUGAUCGCAGCACGAGGCCGCGUCUUGCGUGCUACCGACUGUUUCGAAUCUUACACUACCCUCACAAGAUUUUCCCUUUCGGAUCAUCGAAAGACUAAGUAGAAUCUACCAGCCUCGAAGGGGUGUAAGGAAACUAUUCUCAACAGUAAAGACUGACGGCAGAAUAAGGGCUACCAGGCCCCCUAAAAAAAUGUAGACUUCCUUCACAUUCCACGCAAUGUAUCAAUCGUAAAUCAGAUGACCACUGGGUCAAUGCCCUCGCGAUUUCAUAUGACGCGGGAGCUUUCAAACGAAAUAUGUAUUUUAAAAAACAAUGAGCAUUAAUGCUAGUCAUGUAUAACCGGAAGGGUUCCCUUACAUUUCGUUCGAGUGUAAAGCGAAUAAUUGUGUUCAUUAUUUAAGACGCGUAGUUCACUGUACAUUAUUGUAAGAUACGAACGUGAAUAUUGUAUUAUUUCAGGACUUACGGAACAUGAAAUGUGUGCCUAAUAGUAAUCGAAUACACCAUUUAAAAAAGUUUUUCGAUGUGAUUUAGUCGGUUUUUAAGUAAGAGUAAAGACAGCACUCGUUAUACGAUUUGCCAUAAACUGUUUGUUGGCAGAGAUACGUAACGAUUAAUAAUAGUUCAGUAUUUAUGCGAUUUUGAUAAAUCAGUGGGUACUUAAUAUUAUUGAACAACGAUAUUAGAGAAGACUUCGGAUAGUACAAAACAUGUAAAUGUUGCCAUCGAGCCCGGGCACAAUGGAGUUUGUACAGUUUAAAAUACAGAUAACCCGUGGGGUUAACGCCCUUUGACGUUAAGGGGUUGUCUUCGCUUUACAUUGCGGGUUCACGAGACCCACCAAAUGAGCCACUGCUUUUGCGGGUAUUCUGAGUCGUAUUGUCAGCAGUCAGUACUGACAGCACGGUCCCAGUGUAAUAACGUCAAGGGCGUUGCUUGCGUGUAAAGUGUUCGCUAGUCAGGCAGCGGAAAUAACAAAAAAAAAGACUCGUUGAUUUUGAAAUUGCGAUUGUAUCUAUGGAACUGUUUUUUUUUUCAUUGCUGCAGACGAUGAGGUCCCACAGCUGAUCUGUUACUGCGGUCACUGGAGGCCGCUGACAGCGCGUGAGUGCAACCGCCCGUCUUGCGACGUCUCAUGUGAGGUUGAAGCCUCAAAGUAUGGAAGUAUGUCGUAUGAUUAUUCUUCAAACCGAAACAAAACAACGCUUCGCGAUACCAAUGGUUACAGUUAAAUGAGCGUAUAAAGCACACACAAUAUUAAAUUGGGCACUUCUAAAAAAAAAAAAAAAAACAGUUUUGUACAAUAUGUAAAUAUGUAGUAAAAUGAUAUUUGUAAGCAUUUAAACAUUUUGUUUGUAUCGCGAAAAUGUUAAUUUUAGUUUCAUUAGAUUAUAAAUAGUACAAAUGUAUUGAUAAGAAAUUCGUAAUCAGUGCCGUUACGUCGCGGGGAUUACAUUUAACGAACAAACAAAAAAUAUCAUCGUGUAUGUAUGUAUUUAGAUUUGACAAUAUCCGUGUAUACAAUGCUUGUUGUUGCUUAAUUAUGAAAGCGAAGGCGGUAACGUGGGGAGCAUUGAACAACGAAGCAACGGCGCGUGCAAGAGAACUUUUACCAUAAGGAAGACAGCGCUAGUGUAGAUAGAAUACCCUCAAAUAUUACAAAAUUAUACGAUCCAAUAAUACGGCGAAGCGCGAGUUCAACGACCUCAUGUAUUUUUUAUUCACUCAUAUUGUUUAUAAUUUUUGCUGAAUUAUUAUUUAUUCUCAACUAUUUGUUUAACUCGUGAUUAAGCAGCAACAGCAAUAAACCUGACAUCAGAAGUAAAAGAUCUAAUAUCCAUUUUAUCACUAAUUAAAUUGAAAUUAAAAUUUGCUGAAUUUUAAUUUCUCGAAAAAUAAAAAAAGCAACUAGCGUGCAAAGAGCAGUGUUUGAUAUACCGAUAAGUAUAAAUGAAUUUUGUACAAAAACAUCAAACUUUAGAUAUUUUUACAUAAAAAAAGUAUAAAUAAAUAAUAUCAUUAUAUUUAAGGGUUAGUGUGCAGCUUUUGUAUUCCACGAUUAUACUUAAGUGUUUACUAGUCGGAUCAAAACGAUGCAAGAAAUAUUGCAUAUCCAAUUGAUUUCAAUGAUAUUCAAAACUGAUAUUAACGCUUCCCUGUUCCAAAUAAAAACACUGGAUCACUUUAUACUUAUUUUUCUAUUCGAACAGUUCAAUUAUUCUGUUAAAAUGGCCGGGCCUACGAAAUAGAGGGAAUGCAACGGAAUAGAUGGAAUAGAGAUCAAAUAAAAAUAAAAUAAAAUUAUUUUCGCGCCAAAAACUUAUCUUUCAAAGAUAACACUCAAAAAUAUUAUAGAAUUUGAAUGUUUUCCAAUAUUAUUAUUUUUAAUAUUAUUAGAUUCUUUUGGUGUUAAUUGUGAGAUUGAUAAGUUUAUGGCGUCAAGAAUUGUAAUUGUAAGAUGUGUAUGUGUAUAUCGGUAAAUUUUAUUAUAAAAAAAAAAAAAAAAACUUAGCUUUGAUAUUAUUAGCCCAAGCCAGUGCCUAUCGAGUGUAACGACAGCGGGACGGAGGCGGUAGGACGUGCGACGAACCAAUCAACGGCCAGUAUGGAGCGAGCUUUUUGACAGAUCGUCUUUUCGCAUUAAAAGUGUACAAUUUCUAAAAAUAUUCGAAAUUGAGUUAAUAUGCGGAAUCAUUUGUAUCACCAGUAUUUUUCUGAUAAGUUUUUUUUUUUAGUUUAUGGCCUGGUAUCUUGACUUUUCUAAUAAGUACUGUCCAAAGAGCAAGAUUCGUUUUUUUUUUUAGUUUACCAAUAUUUGGACUUGUAUUAACAAAAUUAAUACAUAAUUUUAUCUUACUAUAAAAAACAGAUAUAGUAACUAGGAAAAAAUAAAAAAAAUAUAUUGAAUAGAUGAUUGAUUGAAAGAUGAUGUGAAAUUAGUAAGUUUUGAGAUUAUACAGUUUUAAUGCGAGAAGACGAGAUAUUGUGUAAAAUUUGGUUUGUCAUUUUAUAUAUUUUUAUUUCCCUUGUGCAAUAUGUGAAAUUAUUUUGCGUCCUUUUUAAUUCUAUUUAAUUUUUUAUGUACAUAAUAUUAUUUACGAGUUGAAGAAAAAGCAGUAUUUAAAAAAAGAAUAAGAAAAACGCAGUAUUUGCAAGUAUUUUAUAUUUGAGAUAUUAAUAAUUUAGCUUCGGAGCAGUGCCAAUGUCGUCCAGUGUUUCAUUUUUUUGUUUUUUUUUUAAUACAAACCAAAAUAUAACCAAAUUAUUGUAAGAAUCUCUUGAAAAAACGUUUCAGCGUAUGGAAGUCACAAAUUAGUCAUGGACCAAUGUGUAUAAUAUUAAAUACAUCGGAGAUUAAAAGGCGCGGUUACUUAAAAAGGAAAUAAUAAAACACUCUAGUCCUGAUUUUUAUUUAUUUAUUGUUACUGAAACUGACUAGGAUCGAAGGCGACGAGCGACUCGCUUGUAGAAAGAAUAUAUCGAAUAAAUUGAAAUGUUCUCGGUAUUCCAUUAUGUACAUUCCAUUAUGUUUUAAAAGUGAUGUUAUGUCUGGUGUGACGUCGAGCGAAGGUUCUGUGUGCCAAUAACGGGAUGUGGGAGGAAGCCUUACGUAUGUAAUGUUUAAAUCGACAAAUAAAACUAGACUUAAGCUUUUUA